UGACCUGCAAGUUUUUAUUUGCAGCUGCUCGACCCUCACCUGGUGGUGUGUUCACAAAGUUUGUGAUGAACAAAGCUGGAGCUCUGCAGCAGAAGAUUCCUUCAGUGAGCACAUGCCAGCCUCUUUCAAGGCCACAGAAGCUCAGUAUCAAUCCUACACCGAUAAUGGUUGUCACUCCUGUGGUUCCCACAAGUCUGUCUCCAGCUCACUAUACUAUCUCUCCUGGGGUGACUACAGCCACCACCACUUUUCCUGUAACUGUUGAAAGUACCAGUGUGGCACCAUCUACUGUGUCUGCUCCUAGCCAAACAAGAGCUAAUGAACCUGCCUCCUCUCCUCCUGCAAUUACAGUCACAGGUGCUUCUGCAACACCUGGAACCAACACUUGCACCACUUCCUCAUCUGCCACUCCUACUGCCACUGUGAACGUAACAAAAGCAGCUGUGGUUGCUGCUCCAGCACCACCUCUGUCACUCCCUACUGUAGUAACAGCUCCAACAAUUACUUGUCCUGUUAUCACAACAUCCCCUUCUACAGUUGUACUAACAACUGCAGUGGCUACGUCUGUGGUGACCACACCAGCUUCCUCUGUCAGCUCUGUUCCGAUUAUAUUAUCAGGAGUGAAGUCAGCUCCUUCAAUAGCUCCCAAAAGAGAAGAUGCUGCUCCACAAGCACAAGCUCUAAAUAAGACUCCUCCAAAGAUACCUCCUGGAACAGAGAAACGUGUAGGACCACGACUGUUGUUGAUUCCGGUGCCUCAGACAUCCCCUGCUUUGCGACCAUUAAACAAUGUGCAGCUUCCUCAGAAACAGAGAAUGAUUCUUCAGCCUCUCAGAAGCCCUGGUGGGGUGAACCUGUUCAGGCAUCCUAAUGGGCAGAUAAUUCAGCUUGUUCCGCUGCAGCAUUUUCGAGCUCCGGGUGCCCAGCCCAGUGCCCAGCCUAACGUGCAGCAGCCUGUGAUGUUCCGCAAUCCAGGAUCUGUUGUAGGAAUUAGGUUGCCUACACCUGCUAAGCCUCCCGAGUCAAGUGUAUCUCCUGCUUCCUCUGUGUCUUCCACUCCUGUCACAAAUUCAACUGUACAAACUGCAGGACCCAAGUCAUCCUCUACGUUCACUCCAGCUACUCAAGCAUCUUCUCUUUCUCCUUCAGUAACAAGAUACGUAUCACAAACAGGCACUGUGACUCUGAAGAUCUCACCUCCUGCUGCUGCUAAUGUGACAAAUCAAACCACCACUGAAUCAAAAAUAACUGGCAACUCAGGUGUUCUACCAGCAUCAAAUGCUAAUGUCUUACCUUUACAAUCUGGUAGUUUUGCUUUACUUCAGCUCGCAGGACAGAAGACAGUACCAAACUCCAUUCUUCACCAUUUUGCAUCUCUUCAGAUGAAGAAGGACUCCAAGAAAAUAAGCCAGAAAGAUGACUCAGGUGCUGCUCAGCAAACAGAAACAGAGAAGGAUUUGCAUUCAGAGGAGAGUGAAGUUGCAGAGUCUGAGGUUGCAGUGUCAGGUGACAAAAAAGAAGAAAAGGAGGUGUUAGUAAACCAGUCAAAGAAUGUUGAAGGAUCAGUAUCUGGAACAGUCACACCUGUUGAAAGUUCCACUGCUUUAGAGGCAUUUGAGAAGGAUUCAAAGGUGCUUGAGGGUUCUGGUGAUGAUGGCCCCCCUCUUCAGAAUGAUGUUUCCACAGAUGUUAUAUCUUCUGACCAUUCAUACAUCAGUGAAAAGCUAAAUGAUGAGGAAAAUGAAGCAGUCAUGGAUAAGAAAGAGGAUUCUGUCUAUUCUGAAAAUGUAGGAGCUGUUUCAGCUAACUCUGAAACAGUUUGUGAAUCAUUAGAAUAUUCUCUAGUUGCUCCUCUGAAUGAUACACAUCCACAGGGUCUCAAGGAUCAAGAGACUGUACAGUUGAAGAACCAUGGAAAAGAACAAAUACAUGCUGAAUGGGAAGAUAAACCAGUUAAGGAACAGGAGGGUGAAGUGCAGGCACAUAUGAAAGAGGGUAACAAAGCAAGUUCUGGGCAGUCACGGAGACAGCAAGAACAAGAUACGCAGCUGGAGAGCAAAAAGGAACAGACAGGAACUGAACUGCCUCAGAACAAAACAGAGUUCCAGGAUGGUCCUGUGCAGCCGAAAGAGGAAAAAAAGGAGUGCAAGGCCUCUGCAGAAGCAGAAAGCUUAAGAGAGAAAAAAACAAGCAAGUCUGAAAUAAGUUUUGCAAAAGAGCAAUGUAAUGCUUUAGGAGAUAAGCAGGUAAUAAGUACUGAGGAAGGCAGAACCAACAUAGCCAUGGGGGAAAGCAGUAAAAACAAAGAACAAGGUGCUGUUGAUUCUCAGGAGGAAAUCAAAACAGUUGAAGAUACUGUAAUACCGGCUAACAGUUGGAGCAAAAUAUCCAGCAUUGCCCCUGUUUCAGAAAACAAAAGGGAAGGAGCUAACAAAGCUGACAGAUCUGAUAUAGGUGACUUCAUCAUACCUGAACAGAAGGCACAGGAACCCAGGCAUCACAAAAAGAGUUCUGCACCCACUACUGAUACAACUGAUUAUAUGGAAGAGGAAGAAGAUGAUGAUGAUGAUGAUGAAGAUGAAAAAACUGAUGAUUCUGCUUAUGAGAUGCUGGAUGGUGUUUCUGAUUUCUCAAGUGAAGAGGAAAUAGAUGUUGAAAAAGUGGUAAGUAUUUAACUGUUUAUGAAGGGCCUUUUUUUAAUUGACCAACUACCAUGCCUGAACCCAUGGAUUUGAAAGAAACUGUAUAAUUGUGUUCUAGGCUUCAGUUUCUUUAGAAAUCGUAGAUAUGGCUUCCAAGUGAAAACA